CUCUCAGGUGCAGCCAGCUCGUUUCACAGCUCCACCAGCUGUGCUUCUUAUUUUCCCAUUUAAGGCCUUUUUCAGACCCUUCCUAAAGGAGAGAAAAUGAACGGAAGCCUGGAGAACGGUUCGUGCUAUGAUGAAGACUGCAUCGACGGAGACGGAGAUUUCAUGUUCACGUCCGAGUCGGUGGGAGAGGGGCAUCCAGAUAAGAUCUGUGAUCAGAUCAGUGAUGCGGUGCUGGACGCUCACCUUAGGCAGGAUCCAGAUGCUAAAGUGGCCUGCGAGACCGUGUGUAAGACGGGGAUGGUCCUGCUGUGUGGAGAGAUCACGUCUUGUGCUAAUGUGGACUACCAGAAGAUUGUAAGGGACACCAUUCAACACAUUGGAUACGACGACUCAAACAAAGGGUUUGACUAUAAGACGUGUAAUGUCCUGGUGGCUCUGGAGCAGCAGUCUCCUGACAUAGCACAGGGUGUUCAUAUAGACAGACCAGAGACGGAAAUUGGAGCAGGGGACCAGGGCUUGAUGUUCGGCUAUGCUACAGAUGAGACAGAGGAGUGUAUGCCUCUCACCAUCAUACUGGCUCACAAACUCAAUGCCAAGAUGGCUGAACUCAGACGUAACGGCACUGUUCCGUGGCUCCGGCCCGACUCAAAGACACAGGUUACAGUGCACUACUCACAGGAUAACGGAGCGGUAAUUCCUCGUCGAGUCCACACCAUCGUGAUCUCUGUCCAGCAUGAUGAUUACGUGUCCCUGGAUGAGCAGAGGGCGGUUCUGAAGGAGAAGGUCAUCAAGGCCGUCGUCCCAGCCAAGUAUCUGGACGAGAAGACCAUCUACCACCUUCAGCCAAGCGGCCGCUUCGUCAUCGGGGGCCCUCAGGGCGAUGCAGGAGUGACGGGCCGUAAGAUCAUCGUGGACACAUAUGGAGGCUGGGGGGCUCAUGGAGGUGGGGCAUUCUCUGGGAAAGAUUAUACCAAGGUUGACCGCUCGGCCGCCUACGCUGCCCGCUGGGUGGCCAAAUCCCUGGUGAAGGCCAAGCUGUGCCGCAGAGUGCUGGUACAGGUGUCGUACGCCAUCGGAGUAGCGCAGCCUCUCUCCAUCUCACUCUUCACCUACGGCUCCUCCCGAAAAAACGAGAAGGAGCUUUUACAGAUCGUCAAAAAGAACUUUGACCUGCGGCCGGGGGUCGUCGUCAGAGACCUGGAUUUGAAAAGGCCAAUCUAUCAGAAAACAGCGUGUUACGGACACUUCGGCAGGAAAGAUUUCCCCUGGGAAGAGGCCAAGUACCUGAACUUCUAACUCUGUUGAACUUGUGUGUGUGUUUCUAUGUUCACGUCGUUUGUAAAUGUGUGUGUGUGUGUGUGUGUGUGUGUACCAUGUAUUUCUACUGAAUGUUCUCAGCAGUGCACGCACAGGUGUGUGUCUGUGUCUCUCUUGCACGUUUGAUUUAAGACUGCAGUGACAUGGGCAGCUGUUGCCACACAUGCACAAAUGUAAUGUGAUGGUCAUCCAAAAGAGGCAGCUGUGUGUGUGUGUGUGUGUGUGUGUGUGUGUGUGUGUGUGUGUGUGUGUGUGUGUGUGUGUGUGUGUGUGUGUGUGUGAGUGACGCUGUGAAAAAUAAACCCAAGAAAUCUUGGUCAUGAGUUGGGCAUGUGAGGUGAUGUCAGUGAUCUGCAGUUUGGAUGCCAAACACAGUAACUCAAACUGGCAGAGUCGAGCACAGGUAUAAAUGGUGCCUAGACCGAUUUAAGACCAGAUCCAAAAGAGAGAGAGUCUGGGUCAAGGACAAAUCCAGACAAGAACCUGACAGUGUCAAGACUGAGUCCGAAUGAAAACAAGAUUGGGUCAAAACCGAGACUGAAUGACAGCAAGGCUGGGUCAAGACCGCGACUGAAUGAGAGCAAGGCUGGGUCAAGUCCGCGACUGAAUGAGAGCAAGGCUGGGUCAAGUCCGCGACUGAAUGAGAGCAAGGCUGGGUCAAGUCCGCGACUGAAUGAGAGCAAGGCUGAGUCAAGACCACGACUGAAUGAGAGCAAGGCUGGGUCAAGUCCGCGACUGAAUGAGAGCAAGGCUGAGUCAAGACCGCGACUGAAUGAGAGCAAGGCUGAGUCAAGUCCGCGACUGAAUGAGAGCAAGGCUGGGUCAAGACCGCGACUGAAUGAGAGCAAGGCUGAGUCAAGACCACGACUGAAUGAGAGCAAGGCUGGGUCAAGUCCGCGACUGAAUGAGAGCAAGGCUGAGUCAAGACCGCGACUGAAUGAGAGCAAGGCUGAGUCAAGUCCACGACUGAAUGAGAGCAAGGCUGGGUCAAGUCCGCGACUGAAUGAGAGCAAGGCUGAGUCAAGACCACGACUGAAUGAGAGCAAGGCUGAGUCAAGACCGCGACUGAAUGAGAGCAAGGCUGAGUCAAGUCCGCGACUGAAUGAGAGCAAGGCUGAGUCAAGACCACGACUGAAUGAGAGCAAGGCUGGGUCAAGACCGCGACUGAAUGAGAGCAAGGCUGAGUCAAGACCACGACUGAAUGAGAGCAAGGCUGGGUCAAGACCACGACUGAAUGAGAGCAAGGCUGGGUCAAGACCGCGACUGAAUGAGAGCAAGGCUGAGUCAAGACCACGACUGAAUGAGAGUCCAGAUCAAGGCCGAGUCCAAAUGAGAGCAAGACUGGAUCGAGAGCAAAUCCAAAUGAGAGCAAGACUGGGUCAAGACCAAGUCCAAAUUAAAAGGAGUCCAAAACAGAGCGAGAUGAUUGUGUGUCAUAGAGAGUACUGAUACAAUAACACAUGGAAAAAUAUAUAUAUUUCUUUGGGGGGCGUAGAGUAAAACACAAUUAAUACAAUCAUUUAACACCAUUAUAAAACAAAAUUCAUCAUAUGUUAAAUAAACUGGCAAGAAAAUACAUAAAAGUAGAGAAAACUUUAAUGUAACGUAAUUAUUUCAGAUUAAAAAAACAAAGUUUGAAUUAAUUAUUAAUAUAUCUGUAAGAGCCAUAAAGCAGAAAAGAUAGAAUGUGGAAAUAUGUACAAUUUAUAUUUUAUGUUAUUCUUAAUUCAUGUCAUUGUGUAAUUCAUAAUUCUAAGAAAAUGAUUAUUAAUAUAAAAAUGUUUGAUGACGCUUCCUCAGAGUAGCGUAACUGAGAACGUGCAGCACCAGUUCAGUCAGAGCUGCGCAAGGCACGGGAGCAUAUAGUUUUCUUACCGUACGUGCGUUCACAUUUGUAACCGUUUGAUUUUCUAAGUAAAGACACCUAAACUCAAAGAACUUGUCAUGUCGUGCGCGUGAAGAAAUUACUGUGUCUGCAGCUCUAAGUGGUACUUUUUGGAAACUGAAGAAAGUGUCACUACAUUUAGUAAGAAAACUGCUCACGGAUGGACCAAGAGUGACUGAAAACCGAACUUUUUGGAUGCUAAUCAGGAGCCAACCAUCAGUUAACACCUCCGAACGGUGUGUCAGACUGGAGCAUCAUUCUGGAGAGGAUUUACUGAGAGCGAACGAGGUGGUAAGCCUGCCGAAUUAACAUAUGAAAGGACGAAUUGCCUUUAAAAGACUCGUUUGCUAGGUAGAAGGAAGCCACUACUGUGCUAGUUUGAAGCUAAGUUAAGCCAAGAAGCUAACGCUAUUUAGCUACUGAAUGACUUGCAGCUUGAGCCAAGAAGCUAAUGUUAUUUAGCUAAACAGUGACUUGCAGAUUCAUGCUAACUUGUUAAUUGAAGCCUGAAACCGAAAAUUACUGAAAGCUCUGUGUGUUUUGGAAAUUGUGAAGCAUUUAUUGGAUGAAGAAAAGUGUUAUUGGAAUACUUUUGAUUCAUAUGCACACAGUUUGCACACCGCUUUAUUGAGAAAAGAAAUAUGGAGGAAGGUAAUGUUGAAACAGUUGGCCCUGAAGAAAUGGCCACCAAACGGCCAGUCAAGUUAACUGAGAAGGCAAUUGAGAACAAACUGUACAGGCUACUUGGCUCCAGGAGAAGUUUUCUAGCCCGACACACAACUCUAAGGAGGGAAGUUACCAGUUUAAUCACAUUAGCUGAUAAUUUGUCAACAGUGAAAGAAAUAAUGCAGGAAGAAUUUAAUCCAGUUCUCCAAGAUUUUGUUGACAUCACUGAACAAUUAGGAGAUCUUUUACCUGAAGAUGAGAAAGAGGCAGAUAUUAACAACUGGUUUGAGCCUAAAAUGACAGUUAUCAGACAGUUUACUGAAGAAACUGACAAAUGGAUGGAGCAGGAGACCUUGAACUUACAACGAACAAACCAAGAAUCACAAGCUGAGGAAGAGAUAAACCCUGAUGAUAGUGUGUCACAAGUGAGCCAUAAGUCCAAUAAACUAAGCAAGAAGGGCUCAUGUGCUGGAUGCUCAACUGUCGUGUCUUCUCGUGCAUCAGUUUGUGCUAUUGAAGAAGCCAAGCUCUCUGGUCUAGUAGAACGUGCUGCUAUUCUGGAGAAGAAACAAGAGUUAGAAAUGGAAGAAGUACGUAUCAAAGCAGCUAAAGAGAAGUUAGAUCUAGAUGCAGCUAUUGCAGAAAAAAGAGCAAAAGUCAGAAUACUGAAACAGUAUGUGAAAUCAGAGGAUGGCAUGAACAGCUACCUGCGCCCUCAUGCAGCAGGUGGUGCAAGAGUGAAAGAAGAGGAAAACCCCGCCCCUCUCUCUCAGAUCAGGUCUUCUUACAGAAGCCAGGCAUCACUAAGGCCAUUGCAAGAUGUAAGACAUCAGGUUGCUACAGUAAACACUGCAGUGCAACAGCAUGAUGGAAGCAUGAGUGGCCUUCUGAAAGUAAUGGAAAAUCAAAACGCUAUUACAGAGAUGCUUGUUAAGCAACAGCAGUAUGCUCAGCUUCCUGAGAAAGAAGUGGCAGUGUUCAAGGGUGAUCCACUUACUUAUAGAUCUUUCAUUAGAGCUUUCGAACAAGCCAUUGAGCAGAAGACGGACAGUGAACAAGACAAAUUGUAUUACCUACAACAGUUCACUGCAGGAGAACCGCAGGAGCUUGUUCGAAGCUGCGAACACAGACCAUUACACAAGGGGUUCAAAGAAGCAAAAGAGCUCUUGAAGAAACAUUAUGGAGAUGAGUUGGUCAUUGCAAGCGCUUACAUCGAUAAAGCUUUAAAGUGGGCACCAAUCAAAGCUGAAGAUGGAAAAGCACUUAAGACCUAUGCGUUAUUCCUAACUGGUUGUUGCAACACGAGCCAGGAUGUUGAAUCGAUGGAGGAAAUGAAUAAUCCUACGAAUAUGAGGAUGGUGGUAUCCAAACUACCUUACAAGAUGCGAGAAAGUUGGCGCAAUGAAGCAUUUAAAAUCAAGGAGAAAAGAGGACUCAGAGCAAGAUUUGCCGACCUCGUCACCUUCAUUGACCGACAGUCUAAGAUAGCCAUGGAUCCACUCUUUGGAGACCUCCAAGGCAAAAACCCACCACCAGCAGGAAAAGGCAAGGAAAUUGGGAAAGUGGGCAAGAGUGGAGGAAAAGGAGCAAGCUUUGCAACCAAAGUAUGGAAAGGUACAAGACUACCAUGGAAAAGAAAGCACUUACCUUGGAACAGCUGACGACGGCAGAAGCAGAAAUCAUCCGGUACAGCCAAGCCCAAUGUUUUCCUGAGGAGAUUGAUGCACUCUGCAAUAGUAAGUCUGUCAAGAAAAGCAGCCAGUUGCACAAACUCGAUCCCAUGUUGAAAGAUGGCAUCCUAAGGUAGGAGGACGGCUAGUUAAAUCUGCCAUGCCAGCGGACAUAAAACAUCCUGCGAUACUGUCCAAACACUCAAGAGUUGCAUUCCUCAUCCUGAGUGACAUCCAUGAGAAGAUCGGUCACUGCGGGCGCAAUUACAUGUUAUCGCAGUUGAGAGAGAAAUUUUGGAUCCCACAAGCAACCUCCGCCAUCAGGAAACUUAUAUCCAAAUGCAUGGUUUGCAGAAGACGACAAGGACGAGUUGGUGAACAGAAAAUGGCACCUCUGCCAGAAGAUCGUCUUGUACCAGACAAGCCGCCAUUCACAAAUGUUGGAAUUGAUUACUUCGGCCCAUUUGAAGUGAAACGGGGCCGGAGCACUGUCAAAAGGUAUGGUGUGAUGUUCACCUGCCUCACCAUCAGAGCAGUGCACAUUGAGGUGGCUGACAGUCUGGACACAAGUGCUUGUAUCAAUGUCCUUCGUCGCUUUGUAAGUAGAAGAGGACAGGUCUCCAUAAUGCGAUCCGACAAUGGCACCAAUUUUGUUGGUGCUGAGAAGGAAUUGAGAGAGGAACUGAAAAACCUGAACCAAUCAGAAAUUGAGAAAACAAUGCAAAAGAAAGGCAUCAAGUGGAUUUUCAAUAGUCCAGCGGCAUCACAUCAAGGAGGGAUUUGGGAGCGGCAGAUCCGUUCAGUUCGCAGGAUUCUUAGCGUUCUGCUUAAGGAACAGACCCUCACCGACGACAGCCUUCAAACACUUCUUUGUGAGGUUGAAAGCAUAAUAAAUGGCCGACCCAUAACCAGCGUGUCAGAUGAUCCACACGACUUGGAUCCUCUGACCCCCAACCACCUGUUGUUGAUGAAGACCCAGCCUAACCUACCACCAGGAAUCUUCAACCCGGAUGAUCUAUACACAAGGAAACGCUGGAGGCAAGUACAAUAUCUUGCAGAUCUAUUCUGGCGCAGAUGGACUCGCGAAUACCUCCCCCUCCUCCAGGAACGCCAGAAAUGGACGAGACAGAAGAGGAACUUUGAACCUGGAGAUGUAGUGCUAGUAGUCGAUAGUUCAUCUCCACGCAACACUUGGAUCAUGGGAAGAAUAAUACAAGUCCUACCUGACUUCAGUGGAACUGUGCGCCGUGUGAA